AUAACUUGCCAUGGUGCAAUGGACAAUAUCUCUAAAGAACAAAUAGACCUUGAGUGUGCCGUCGAUCAGGUCUCCGAGGCACGAUUUUACUUGAUCGAGCUUGAUCGCCGACAAAAUCAAAUUCGAGAAGCAAAGCGCCAUAUCUUUAAGCAUAAACCUGAUAUGGAAGACGUCUGGAUGUUAUGCAGUGGAUCCACCUUUGUCUCCUGCGAUCUCCCGCACGCGUCGACGAUUAAGUAUCUAGAAUGGGAGCAGCGAGAGGUUGAAUCCCUCAUUGAGGAAGCCAGAGAUGACUUGAAGCGUAAGGUCGCGGCUCUCGUCGAGCUCGAAGGGCCUGAUAGCGCUCUAAGACACCUACACGAGGGGUUUAAUUUGAAGGACACGUCAAAGAAUGGAGAAUGAAAUACAUAACUACGUGUUUGUAAGAAAAAAAAAGGAAAAUUUUCAAUAUUAGAUAUAUAUAUAUAU